AUGGCUGCUUCCCCGCAUGCUGCUGUGAAGAAGGCGGCGAAGAAGGCCCACCCAAAGAAGGCGGCGCCCAAGUCCUCUGGGCCGAAGAAGGCGAAGAAGGCCGCCCCGAAGAAGAAGGCAGCGAAGAAGAGCGCGUCGAAGAAGAAGAACAGCACGAAGAAGAGCGCUGCGAAGAAGUAG